AUGCUGCUUACCAUCGACAUCGGCAACACCGCGGUUACCAUCGGCGUGUUUCGGGACGGAACCGAUGACGCAACGGAAACUAAUGGAACAAGCCCGGCAGCCCGGUUGCUGACGACGCUGCGGGUGGCGACCGACUCCCGCCGGUUGGCCGACGAAUAUGGGAUUUUGCUGAAAAGCCUGCUGGAGUUUCGAGGGAUCGACACCAACGAAAUCAGCGCGGGCUGUAUCUGUUCGGUGGUGCCGCCCCUUACCGGGAUGUUCCAGGACGUAUGCCAAAGCUUUUUCGGCGUGGCGCCCCUGGUGGUAUCGACACGGAUAGAUCUGGGGAUGCCGGUCCGUUACGAUAACCCGCGCGAUGUGGGGGCGGAUCGAAUCGUGGAUGCGGUGGCGGCGGUGGAGCUGUAUGGCGCUCCGGCGGUGAUAGUUGACCUGGGGACGGCUACAGUGUUCGAUGCGGUUUCGCGCGAGCGGGAGUAUCUGGGCGGCGCGAUUGCGCCGGGAAUCAAUCUGUCUGCCGACGCCCUGUAUUACAAUACUUCCCAGCUGCGGCGCGUCGAGUUGGUGGCCCCGGAAAUGGCGGUGGGCCGCAACACGACGACGUCCCUGCAGUCGGGAAUCGUUUUGGGAUACGCCGGGCUGGUUUCCACCAUGGUGGAAAGGUUUAAGGCCGAGAUUGGCGCGGACGCCAAGGUUGUGGGUACGGGCGGCCUGGUUACCGUGAUCUCGGAGCAUGUGCCCGUGUUUGAUGAUAUCAACCAGGAAUUGACGCUGGAGAUGGAAACUGCCCUUGACGGCAAAAACAUUGUGCUGGGCGUUACCGGGAGCAUUGCCUGCUACAAGGCGCUGGACCUGGCGAGCAAACUGGUGCAGGCGGGGGCGAGCGUCGAAACCAUCCUGAGCUACGGCGCCACUCAGUUCGUGUCGCCGCUGGCAUUUCGCAGCCUGACGCAUCGCAGUGUGGUUACGGAUACGUUUGAUGCCAAUUCGGAGCACAGCGUGGAACACGUGACCUUGGCGCGUUGGGCCGAUAUUGUGGUGAUCGCGCCGGCUACGGUUCAUUGCAUUGCCAAGUUGGCGGGUGGUCUGGCGGAUGAUCCGCUUACCACCACGGUCAUUGCCACGGAAGCGCCGUUGCUGGUCGCCCCGGCGAUGGACGCGAACAUGUACGAUCACCCGGCGACGCAGGAAAACAUGGCCCGGUUGCGAAGGCGCGGCGUUGCCAUCGUGGGGCCGGCGCCGGGACGGUUGGCGUCGGGAUUGAUGGGCAUGGGCCGGCUGGUAGAGCCAGCGACUCUGCUGGGACACAUAGCGGCGGAGUUGGGGAGAAACGGCGAUCUGGCGGGGCGUCGGGUUGUGGUGAGCGCCGGCGGGACUCAGGAAGCCAUUGAUCCGGUGCGCGUCAUCACCAAUCAUUCGUCGGGGCGCAUGGGAUACGCGGUGGCGGAGGCAGCGAGGGAUCGCGGCGCUGAGGUGGUGUUGGUGACUGCACCCACCGCCCUGCCGGAUCCGGCGGAGAUGCGGGUGGUGAACGUGCGGUCGGCUCAGGAAAUGUGCGACGCGGUGCUGGCCGAAACGCCGUUUGCCGAUGCUUUGAUAAUGGCCGCGGCGGUGGCGGAUUACCGUCCGGCGGUGGCCGCGGAGCAAAAGAUCAAGAAAACCGCCGCGGACGAAUUGACGAUCGAUCUGGACAAGACGAUCGAUAUCCUGGCGACAGCCACCGGUGAUUUCGUGCGCGUCGGGUUUUCUGCCGAGAGCGAGAAUCUGGAGGCUAAUGCCGCCGACAAGGUGCGUCGUAAGUCUCUGGACCUGAUCGUGGCCAACGACAUUACCGAGGAAGGCAGCGGGUUCGGGGUGGACACCAACCGCGUGGUGCUGAUUGACCGGGAAAUGCAGGUGGAGCGAUUGCCUCUGAUGAGUAAAUACGCAGUGGGGCAUCGCAUUCUGGAUCGCGUCGCUGCGUUGCUGGUGGCAGGGUAA